GAGCCGCCGCCGGGGCCCGCUCGCCAGCCGCCUGAGCCGUCGCCGCCGCCGGCUCCCCCCUGCCCGGCCUGCGCCGCCGCCCCCCGCGCCGGAGCCAUGGCGGGCGCCGCGUCCCCCUGCGCCAACGGCUGCGGGCCCGGCGCGCCCUCGGACGCCGAGGUGCUGCACCUCUGCCGCAGCCUCGAGGUGGGCACCGUCAUGACUUUGUUCUACUCCAAGAAGUCGCAGCGGCCCGAGCGGAAGACCUUCCAGGUCAAGCUGGAGACGCGGCAGAUCACGUGGAGCCGCGGCGCGGACAAGAUCGAGGGGGCCAUUGACAUUCGUGAAAUCAAGGAGAUCCGCCCAGGGAAGACCUCACGGGACUUUGAUCGCUACCAAGAGGACCCUGCUUUCCGACCAGACCAGUCACACUGCUUUGUCAUCCUGUAUGGGAUGGAAUUCCGCCUGAAGACCCUGAGCCUGCAAGCUACGUCUGAAGAUGAAGUGAACAUGUGGAUUAAGGGCUUAACUUGGCUGAUGGAAGACACAUUGCAGGCGGCCACACCCCUGCAGAUUGAGAGGUGGCUGCGGAAGCAGUUCUACUCAGUGGAUCGAAACCGUGAGGACCGUAUAUCAGCCAAGGACCUGAAGAACAUGCUGUCCCAGGUCAACUACCGGGUCCCCAACAUGCGUUUCCUCCGAGAGCGGCUGACGGACGUGGAGCAGCGCAGCAGUGACAUCACCUAUGGGCAGUUUGCUCAGCUGUACCGCAGCCUCAUGUACAGCGCCCAGAAGACGAUGGACCUCCCUUUCUUGGAAGCCAGUGCCCUGAGGGCCGGGGAGCGACCAGAGCUCUGCCGAGUGUCCCUUCCUGAGUUCCAGCAGUUUCUCCUCGAGUACCAGGGGGAGCUGUGGGCUGUUGACCGGCUCCAGGUACAGGAGUUCAUGCUCAGCUUCCUCCGAGACCCCUUGCGAGAGAUUGAGGAGCCAUACUUCUUCCUGGACGAGUUUGUCACUUUCCUGUUCUCCAAAGAGAACAGUGUGUGGAACUCGCAGCUGGAUGCGGUGUGCCCAGACACCAUGAACAACCCUCUCUCCCACUACUGGAUCUCUUCCUCGCACAAUACGUACCUGACCGGGGACCAGUUCUCCAGCGAGUCCUCUCUGGAAGCCUAUGCUCGCUGCCUGCGGAUGGGCUGUCGCUGCAUUGAGUUGGACUGCUGGGAUGGCCCAGACGGAAUGCCUGUCAUUUACCAUGGACACACCCUUACCACCAAGAUCAAGUUCUCAGACGUCUUGCACACCAUCAAGGAGCAUGCCUUUGUGGCCUCAGAGUACCCGGUCAUCCUAUCCAUCGAGGACCACUGUAGCAUUGCCCAGCAAAGGAACAUGGCCCAGUACUUCAAGAAGGUGCUCGGGGACACACUCCUCACCAAGCCUGUGGACAUUGCCGCCGAUGGGCUCCCUUCGCCCAAUCAGCUCAAGAGGAAGAUCCUUAUCAAGCACAAGAAGCUGGCUGAGGGCAGUGCUUAUGAGGAGGUGCCUACGUCCGUGAUGUACUCUGAGAACGACAUCAGCAACUCCAUCAAGAAUGGCAUCCUCUACCUAGAGGACCCUGUGAACCACGAGUGGUAUCCCCACUACUUCGUUUUGACCAGCAGCAAGAUCUACUACUCUGAGGAGACCAGCAGUGACCAGGGCAAUGAGGAUGAGGAGGAGCCCAAGGAGGCCAGUGGCAGCACAGAGCUGCACUCCAACGAGAAGUGGUUCCAUGGGAAGCUUGGGGCAGGACGGGACGGGCGGCACAUCGCCGAGCGCCUACUCACCGAGUACUGCAUUGAGACAGGGGCCCCCGACGGCUCCUUCUUAGUGCGCGAGAGCGAGACCUUCGUGGGCGACUAUACCCUCUCUUUCUGGCGGAAUGGGAAGGUCCAGCACUGCAGGAUCCACUCUCGGCAGGAUGCUGGCACCCCCAAGUUCUUCUUGACAGACAACCUCGUCUUUGACUCCCUCUAUGAUCUCAUCACACACUACCAGCAGGUGCCCCUGCGCUGCAACGAAUUUGAGAUGCGCCUCUCAGAGCCUGUCCCGCAGACCAAUGCCCACGAGAGCAAAGAGUGGUACCACGCAAGCCUGACCAGAGCACAGGCCGAGCACAUGCUGAUGCGUGUUCCCCGUGAUGGGGCCUUCCUGGUGCGGAAACGGAAUGAGCCCAAUUCUUAUGCCAUCUCCUUCCGGGCUGAGGGCAAGAUCAAGCAUUGCCGUGUGCAGCAGGAGGGCCAGACAGUGAUGCUGGGCAACUCAGAGUUUGACAGCCUCGUUGACCUCAUCAGCUACUAUGAGAAGCAUCCGCUGUACCGCAAGAUGAAGCUGCGCUAUCCCAUCAACGAGGAGGCGCUGGAGAAGAUUGGCACAGCUGAGCCCGACUACGGGGCCCUGUAUGAAGGACGCAACCCUGGCUUCUAUGUGGAGGCAAACCCUAUGCCGACUUUCAAGUGUGCAGUCAAAGCCCUCUUUGACUACAAGGCCCAGAGAGAGGACGAGCUGACUUUCACCAAGAGCGCCAUCAUCCAGAACGUGGAGAAGCAAGAGGGAGGCUGGUGGCGAGGGGACUAUGGUGGGAAGAAGCAGCUCUGGUUCCCAUCCAACUAUGUGGAAGAAAUGGUCAGCCCAGCAGCCCUGGAGCCUGAGAGAGAGCACUUGGACGAGAACAGCCCCCUGGGGGACUUGCUGCGGGGGGUCUUGGAUGUGCCGGCUUGUCAGAUUGCUAUCCGUCCUGAGGGCAAGAACAACCGGCUGUUCGUCUUCUCCAUCAGCAUGGCGUCGGUAGCACACUGGUCCCUGGAUGUUGCUGCUGACUCUCAGGAGGAGCUGCAGGACUGGGUGAAAAAGAUCCGUGAAGUAGCCCAGACUGCAGAUGCCAGGCUUACUGAGGGGAAGAUGAUGGAACGGAGGAAGAAGAUCGCCCUGGAGCUUUCCGAGCUUGUCGUCUACUGCCGGCCUGUUCCUUUUGAUGAAGAAAAGAUUGGCACAGAACGUGCCUGCUACCGGGACAUGUCGUCCUUUCCGGAAACCAAGGCUGAGAAAUAUGUGAACAAGGCCAAAGGGAAGAAGUUCCUCCAGUACAACCGGCUGCAGCUCUCCCGCAUCUACCCCAAGGGCCAGCGGCUGGACUCCUCCAAUUACGAUCCCUUGCCCAUGUGGAUCUGUGGCAGUCAGCUGGUGGCCCUCAACUUCCAGACCCCAGACAAGCCUAUGCAGAUGAACCAGGCACUCUUCAUGGCCGGUGGGCACUGUGGCUAUGUGCUGCAGCCGAGCACCAUGCGGGACGAGGCCUUUGACCCCUUUGACAAGAGCAGCCUCCGUGGGCUGGAGCCAUGUGCCAUCUGCAUCGAGGUGCUGGGGGCCCGGCAUCUGCCGAAGAAUGGCCGAGGCAUUGUGUGUCCUUUUGUGGAGGUUGAGGUGGCUGGAGCUGAGUACGACAGCACCAAGCAGAAGACAGAGUUCGUGGUGGACAAUGGACUGAACCCCGUGUGGCCAGCCAAGCCCUUCCACUUCCAGAUCAGUAACCCCGAAUUCGCCUUCCUGCGCUUUGUAGUGUAUGAGGAAGACAUGUUUAGUGACCAGAACUUCCUGGCUCAGGCUACUUUCCCAGUGAAAGGCCUGAAGACAGGAUACAGAGCGGUGCCUUUGAAGAACAACUACAGUGAGGACCUGGAAUUGGCCUCCCUGCUCGUCAAGAUCGACAUUUUCCCUGCCAAGCAGGAGAACGGCGACCUCAGUCCUUUCAGUGGUACGUCCCUGCGGGAACGGGGCUCCGAUGCUUCGGGCCAGCUGUUUCAUGGCCGGGCCCGGGAAGGCUCCUUUGAAGCCCGCUACCAGCAGCCAUUUGAGGACUUUCGUAUCUCCCAGGAGCAUCUUGCAGACCAUUUUGACAGUCGAGAACGAAGGACCCCACGAAGGACUCGGGUCAACGGAGACAAUCGCCUCUAGUUGUGUCCCAGCCUCAUUGAGAGCAGCAGGUGCUGCG